AUGGCCCUCAACUCCAAGGAGGCCUUACUCAAGGCGCUACAGCUGUCGCCUGAUCUUGACGACGAGGUAAUCAGCCAAAGCAUCUCCGCCAUAAUAACAGUCGCAGUCGACGAUGAAACAUACCAGCCAUCUCUCAAGACCGUAUACGACAGUAUUCUUCAAUACCACGGGGGUCUAGUCUUUCUUGAACCCCUCGACGUCCUACCUCAUCUCCUUCGGUGCCGCCACGAAGAGGCCGUUGACCUCAUUAGCCUAAUUUCAGAAAACAGCAGUCCAAAGGAGGUACUCAUUGUCGUUCAAGAAGCUCUGGAACAACUAACCCAGCUAGCCCGCGAAGACGAAGCCGAAGAGGAGUAUGCUGUACGGAGUCUCAUCAACAUUAUCGUGUUGUCUACAAAAUCUCUACCUAGGUUAACUCUUGGAAAGAGAACUGCGCUGAGCGAAGUCUCACCCUUGGUUUCCGGCGUUAUUUCAGCGGUUUCUUCGCUAGGACGUGACUUCACGCUGGACAGCGGUCGUUCAUUACUUGAAGAGGUCUCUCGCAUGUCGCAGGCGUUCUACACAUGGAUAAUCAAAACAGGCAGCGAAGCAAAUGCUGCGGAGGCAAGGAAACUCAUCACGCUACUUCUCGACACGACUGUUUUAGCGUGCGCGUCAUGUAUCAGGGCAUCGUUAUGUGCCAGAGCUUUCGAGAUGCACUAUCCUCGUCUUACACUGACUUCUACAAUCGAACCCGGGUGGCAAGAGGGAGAGCACGCCAUUCGGAGCAUACUGACUACCCUUCGGGUAAUCAACCUGUCACCACAGGAUGUCCCGACAAUGAGUUCCUUGAUCAUGCUCGCUCACGAAAAAGAAAGCUAUCCUUUACCGAAAGAUCUAUACUCCAAGUUGCACUCGAUGCUCGUGACUUCAAUUCAGAUGAAUUUCGCCCUGGACGAAUCUCUCUUCCUUAUCUUUCGUUGCGUCACGCAAGAUCGCACACAGCCUGACCUCCCACCUGACCUCGCUACGUCGCUAUGCGUAGUUCUACCUGCUUUGGCAAGCACCCAUCUUGAUCCGUUUAUCAGGCACUUUAGUCUUCGGCUAAUUGCACUGAUUCUUGCGCGACUACCAUCUGUGUUUCAGCAACAGAUCUUGAUAACCCUAGCAUCUGGCGUGGAGCUUCCUCAGAUGCGGGCAGCCGCUGUUGGUCUUCUCAAGGAAUUCGUUUUAGAUGCACUGCAGAUCCCCGCAUUGUCGGGCGAACAAAACGUCUUUGCGUCACCACUGCUCAUAAGAUCCUUUGGACCGAUCCUGUUCACGACAAUGCCGUCUGAUUACUUGUCGACGGUCCAGGUGGCUGACGACAUUGAGAAGUCCUUGGAGCCCUCUCGGAUCGCAGAGGUACUAUCAUUUUACUAUGUACUACUACAACGGGACAAGGACAAUAAGACUGGUAUACGAGAUCCGGAUAACAUCGCGAGCGUAGAAUCGUCUCUACUGCGGCCUUUGCGCUCUUUUCUAGAAAAAUGGUCGAACACUGCAGCUAAUCCAAUUCUUUCUGUAAUCUCCCUGCAGAUUGGCCUGGAAAGAAUAGACUACGCUGUCCAGACCAUUCGAAGCCGGUAA